AUGUUAACCAACUGCCUGGGUGCGCUGGCAGCUGAAGAGGUUAUCAGUGUUUCCGAUAACCCGGCUGCUCGGUUCGCACACAAGAGGCCGAGCAUGGCGUGGCGGCGUGAGCGCAGAAGGACACGGGGCAGGAUUUCUGUGCUCGUCUUCUCAGGUCCGACGCUGGCCCACGCUAACUUUGCAGAAAACACUAUGAAUGAGCUCCUUGGCUGGUAUGGUUAUGAUAAGGUUGAAUUGAAAGAUGGAGAAGAUAUUGAAUUCAGGAACUACUCGACAGACGGGGAAAGCCGCCAGCACAUUUCUGUUCUCAAAGAAAAUUCUUUGCCAAAACCAAAAUUACCUGAGGACAGUGUUAUUUCACCGUACAAUAUAAACCCGAGCUACCCAGGGCUUGCCACAGGAAAUGGACUUUCAGACUCACCAGCAGGGUCGAAGGAUCACGGGAAUGUACCUAUAAUUGUCCCAUUAAUUCCACCACCUUUCAUAAAGCCACCAGCAGAAGAUGAUGUGUCAAAUGUACAAAUAAUGUGUGCCUGGUGCCAGAAAGUUGGAAUCAAGCGCUAUUCCCUGAGUAUGGGAAGUGAAGUGAAAUGCUUCUGCAGCGAGAAGUGCUUUGCAGCUUGCCGAAGAGCAUAUUUCAAGAGAAACAAG